UAGCUUGCGGCUGGGCCUGUUUCCGGUAGGCAGAACCGGCGCCUCAGGUAGUGUUGCUUCGGCGGUGGAGUUUGCUGAGCGUUUUCUGGACUUCAGGAGGCAUGUCGGCGGCUUUUCGCAAGGCAGCCAAGUCCCGGCAGCGGGAACACCGAGAACGAAGCCAGCCUGGCUUUCGAAAACGUCUGGGUUUGCUGGAGAAAAAGAAAGAUUACAAACUUCGUGCGAAUGACUAUCAUAAAAAGCAAGAUUUCCUCAGAGCUCUCCGGAAGAAGGCUCUUGAAAAAAAUCCAGAUGAAUUCUACUAUAAAAUGACUCGUGUUAAGCUUCAGGAUGGAGUUCAUAUUAUCAAAGAGACCAAGGAAGAAGUAACACCAGAGCAGCUAAAGCUGAUGAGAACUCAGGAUAUCAAAUACAUAGAGAUGAAAAGGGUUGCGGAAGCAAAGAAAAUUGAAAGACUGAAAUCAGAGCUCCAUCUGCUGGAUUUCCAGGGGAAGCAACAGAAUAAGCAUGUGUUCUUUUUUGACACCAAAAAGGAAGUUGAACGGUUUGAUAUUGCGACCCACUUGCAAACGGCCCCAGAGCUAGUUGACAGGGUCUUUAAUAGACCCAGGAUCGAGACCUUGCAGAAGGAGAAGGUGAAAGGAAUUACACCCGAGACUCGACUCAAGGGGAUAGCUAAAGAAAGACAAAAGCAGUAUGAUUGCUUGACACAGCGGAUUGAACGGGAGAAGAAGCUGUUCGUUGUUGCACAGAAAAUUCAAACACGCAAAGAUCUUAUGGAUAAAACUAAGAAGGUGAAGGUGAAGAAAGAAACAGUGAACUCCCCAGCUAUUUACAGAUUCCAGACUCGCCGAAAACGUUGACAUGUUAAAAAUAAGCCUCAUCAUUCUGCAUUGAAAAGAACUUUUUUUUUUUUUUGUAAUGACCUUAGACUUUAUUAGUUCAAAUGGUUUGGUUUUUAAUCAUGACUUCUUGUCAACCUGAUACUUGAUAUCUUUCUAUGAGAAUAGUAAAGCACCUUUCCCAGUA